UAUCGUAACAACGUGUCAAUCCAAUCUAUACAAAUUCAUAUAUUUUAACCGGUUUGAAUAUCAUAAUCUCUUGAAAUUGAACCAAACCGGCUGGAGAUAUUGGAAGUUUAAGAUGGCUGUAGUGUACUUUACCCUGAUCUAGAGUUGGAACACAUGGACUGUUACAACCUAAUACAAGAAUAUCAAAAUAUUGUUCUUUUUAUUUUUCUUUUAUUCUAGCAUGCUAAUGUUUUCAAAAUGGUACACAUUUUGAUAUUACUUAAUUAUUUGUAGCAUUCAGGUAGUUGAGGUUUUAUAAGUUUGGAAUUUUGUUAUCAUUUAAGACAAUGUCACAUAGACAUAGUAGAUAUCAAUAAGUAUCAGAACAUGCCACAUAUAAUGAAAUGUUAAAAUAGUUUUGAUUACUUAUGAUCAACUGAUGCAACACAAUGAAAUGCAGAAUAGUUUUGGACUUGGUUACUCAUGAUCAACUGAUGCAACGUGCGAAAAUAACUUAUCUUCCACGAGCAGUACUGUUGGUGCUGUUAUCUUACUCGAUUUCGAUUUUGGUGAACAUGUCUGCAAUCGGACCGUCGCAGAAUAAACAUCUCCAUCGAAGGCUGUUCUCACUGGAAUGUCAAGUUGUAAUAUGCCGGCUUACCUGUCAAAGAUGAUCAAUUAACAAGUUAACUACAGUUAGAGUGAUCAUUCCCUGCUAUAGGAUUCGCCCAGAUGAAAUUACUCAUGCAAUGAUCUUCAUCACCUGUACAACAUAGAAAAAUGAAGGAUCCUAAGGUGUUUGCUCUCUAAGUACUCCAAACGGAUUUGACUGUCACAUCUAAGAAAUAGGAAAAUAUUGUGAUGCAGAACUCAUAAAUGAACACAGAAAAGUGAUGGAGUUAAAGCAAGAAGUUUGAGCUUUGAAAAUCCGAUGAAAAUUUGAGGAAAAACUAGGAAAGGAAUGCAGGCUAUUAUCUGGUUGAUGCUGUUGUUGAUGGUGAAAAUUGUAUUGGGAAAUUCAGAUACUGAUGCACUUCUUGAACUCAAGAAGGGUAUUCAAACUGACCCUUUUGGAUUAGUUCUUAAUUCUUGGGAUUCCAAGUCAUUAGACUCUAAUGGAUGUCCUCAAAACUGGCAUGGAGUAUUAUGUAUUGAAGGAAAUGUUAUAUCUAUCUCUCUUGACAAUGCCGGUUUGGUUGGCGAGUUUAAUUUCGUUGCGGUUAGUACUCUUCCCAUGCUUUGUAAUUUGACAGUUGUAAACAAUAGUUUCACUGGAAGUAUGUCACGAAUCCGUCCGAUGAAGUCGCUUAAGUUUCUCAAUUUGUCUCUCAACAAGUUCACCGGCUCGUUACCUUCUAUAUUAGUCGAGUCGCGUAGUUUAGUGUAUCUGAAUCUCUCUUCGAAUGGAUUUAGCGGCGUUAUCCCGAACGUGUUUCACAAACUUGAGGAGUUGAAGUAUUUAGAUAUUCGCAGUAAUAACUUUUCGGGUGAUGUUAUACAUGUAUUUGAUCAGAUGGGAAGUGUGUUACAUGUUGACUUGAGCAACAACAGGUUUUCUGGUGCAUUGGAUUUAGGACUUGGAGAUGUUUCGUUUCUAUUCUCGAUUCAGUAUUUAAAUGCGAGCCAUAAUUCGUUGACGGGUGAACUGUUUGCUCAUGAUGGUAUGCCGUAUCUUGAUAAUUUAGAGGUGUUUGAUGCUAGUAAUAACCAGAUAGUUGGUAAUAUACCUUCCUUCGCAUUUGUUGUGUCGCUAAGGAUUCUUCGGCUCGAAUGUAAUCAGUUGACAGGUUCAUUGCCAGAAACUUUGUUGAAGGAAAGUUCAAUGAUGUUGUCUGAACUGGAUCUUAGUCAAAACAAGCUUGAAGGUUCCAUUGGAAGCAUUACUUCAUUGACUCUAAGGAAGCUUAACCUAUCUUCAAACAAAUUAUCAGGCUCAUUACCUUUCAAAGUAGGACACUGUGCCGUCGUCGAUUUGAGCAACAACAUGUUUUCAGGUAAUUUGUCAAGGAUCAAGUAUUGGGGAAACUAUGUAGAAGUUAUUCAACUAAGUUCAAACUCGUUAUCCGGAACACUUCCAAAUGAAACUUCUCAGUUUUUAAGGUUAACUUCACUUAAGGUAUCCAAUAACUCAUUGGAAGGUUUUCUGCCACCAGUAUUAGGAACAUUUCCAGAACUAAAAGAGAUUGAUCUGAGUCUCAAUCGGCUUUCUGGAUCCCUCCUACCGAACCUUUUCGCCUCGACGAAAUUGACUACUCUUAAUCUCUCAAACAACAACUUUUCUGGACCGAUUCCUCUUCAACUUCCAAAUAGUCCAUUGGUUUCUUCCGAAAAAUUUAGUCUGACGUCGCUUGAUCUUUCGAACAAUAACUUGAAUGGCAUUCUUUCUCCGAAAAUUAAGGAGCUUCAUAAUUUAGAAUAUCUUAACAUAUGUAACAACAAAUUGGAAGGUGCUAUUCCUAAUGAUCUUCCAGAUGACUUAAGAGGAUUCAAUGCGUCAUUGAAUAAUUUUUCUGGUGUUGUACCUGAUAAAUUAUCGCAGUUUCCUGAAUCAGCAUUUCGUCCAGGAAAUCCUAUGCUGAUAUUUCCGAAUUCUCCGUUAUCGCCAAAAGAUAGUUCAAAUUCCAUCUUAGGUUUGAGGUCACAUAAGAAGGUUUUCACUAGGAGUGUCUUGAUUACAUGUUUAGUUACUGGUGCUUUUGUGAUGGCUAUUAUGGCUGCAACGAUUUUUUAUAGGAUUCGUCGGAAAAAAGAAAUGGCUUCUAAACAAGACGCGACCGCAAGUGACAUUGUCCCAGAGAGUACUUCUCCAUCAAAGAGAAGAAAUUUGGAAUCUUUGCCGCAUUCUCAGAGUGAUGAUACCGAAAACAUUCAUCCAACUGUAAAGAAGCCUAAGAAUGAGGAAGGAAUGUCUUCGCCAGUGUCUAUUUUAUCUGCUUCAAAUCCUUCACCUUCUACAAGCCGUCAGUUUGAGAAUCCUAGUUCGCUCAAUGUAUCAUCACCGGAUAAACUGGUCGGGGACUUACAUCUAUUCGAUGGAUCGUUGAUGUUAACUGCAGAAGAACUUUCGUGUGCUCCGGCUGAAGUUAUCGGUAGGAGUUGUCAUGGAACACUCUACAAAGCUACACUUGAAUCUGGUCAUGUUUUGGCUGUCAAAUGGUUAAGAGAAGGAAUAACCAAAGGCAAAAAGGAGAUGGCUAGAGAAAUCAAGAAACUCGGGACAAUCAAGCAUCCGAGUUUGGUUUCUUUUCUCGGUUGCUACCUCGGGCCAAAGGAGCAUGAGAGACUGAUUAUAUCAAAUUUCAUGAAUGCACAUUCUUUGGACAUUUAUUUGCAUGAGGCUGAUAGAAGAAAUCUCAAUCCUUUGUCUCUUGACGAAAGGCUCAGGGUGGCCGUAGAAGUGGCGCGGUGUCUACUUUACUUACACACCGAGAAAGCCAUACCUCAUGGCAAUCUCAAAUCCACAAACAUUCUACUAGAAACUCCAAACAGAAAUGCCUUGCUCACUGACUACACCCUGCAUCGAAUACUCACCGCAGCUGGUACUUCCGAGCAAGUUCUGAAUGCAGGUGCGCUUGGUUACCGUCCGCCCGAGUUCGCUAGAUCAACCAAACCAAGCCCGUCCUUAAAGAGUGACGUCUACGCAUUCGGAGUCGUCUUGUUAGAGCUCCUAACAGGAAGAAAAUCAGGAGAAAUCGUGUCGGGGAUUCCUGGCGUGGUUGAACUUACCGAAUGGGUGAGGUUCUUAGUCGAACGAGAUCGGUCUAACCAAUGCAUUGAUAAGUCCCUUGCAGAAGGAUCAUCUAUGAUUCUUGAUGAAAUGCUAAAAGUGGCUCUAAGAUGCAUUCUUCCAGCAUCUGAAAGGCCUGACAUGAAAACAGUCUUUGAAGAUCUUUCAACAAUAAGAGAGAGUUGAUGAUCACAACCUCAACCAUUGGCAUCAUCAUUGUUUAUAAAUUGUUUUGGUUAUUUUUGAAGUAUACUAGUAUUAAAUUUUGUUCCCUUGAUGACAAUUCUCCACAGGAAUUUUAACAAGUCUCAUGAUGAUAAAUGAUAUUCUUUAUUAAAGCAAAUUCAUUCUU